AUGGGUAUGUCUCAAUUGAACUGGAGAUUCGUCUAUUUGCUUACAAUCGGUCUUCGAUUUGUUCUAGCUUUGGCGAACUCCUAUAUACAUCCAGAUGAACAUUUCCAAAGCUUAGAGGUGGCCUCUCUGCUAUGGCUAGGGUACCACACCAACAUACCUUGGGAGUUCACCUCUUCUUCACCAGCGAGAAGCUAUGUGCCAUUGGCAGUCCUAUACUACCCCAUUUUGAAGCUUUCGCAAUAUAUGGGUCUCGAAUUGCCCCUACAGAUAUGGUACCUAUCCAGACUAGUUCUAAUGGUGAUGUCAUGGAUGAUCACGGAUUGGUGUUUGUUUAGGAUGCUUCCUACUAAACAGGAGAGAAUCAAGGCCAUAUACUUCACGCUGACAUCAUACGUUACGCUAGUGUACCAAUCACACUGCUUUUCGAACUCUAUUGAGACAAUGUUGGUGAUGGGCGCUGUUUAUAUCAUCAACGAGCUUCGCUUCCUUUUUUCGCAGAAUGAUUCACAGUAUGAUAAGAGGGACUUGAGGAGGUUGGCUACGAUUUUUGGCGCGUUGGUUGCAUUUGGUAUAUUCAACAGAAUCACCUUCGCUGCGUUCUUGAUCUUUCCAUCUGUGUUUCUCCUUCAAAGUUUUUGGAAGUGGAAGUCACUUUUGUUCUUUGCAGUAUUGAGCUUCGCUGUGGUAUCUGGUGGGUGCGUGCUUCUCGACUCCGUGCUAUUUGGGUCGUUGUCGUUGGCAGAUAUUGUAAGAGAUCCAUGGAAAGCUUCUCAUUACGUCAUCACUCCAUUGAACAGUUUACUCUACAAUAGCAGCAUUGAGAAUUUGGGUAAGCAUGGGCUCCACCCCAGAUAUAACCACGUCUUGAUCAAUUUGCCUCAACUUUUUGGUCCUGGUCUCUUCCUUUUAUUCUGCCGUUUUCGAAACAGAUACUGGAGGACAACACCUUUCAUAAGUGCACUCAGUGGUAUUGUGUUUUUGUCAGCCGUGCCCCAUCAAGAGCUACGAUUCCUCCUUCCCGUGGUACCUCUUUUGUGCUCCUGUUUUGACUUAAGCCUCGGAUAUAAGGAUGAGGCGCCUAAAAAGUCUUGGUUAUUGUCGCCUUUGAUGGCUCUUUGGUUUGUAUUCAAUAUUAUAAUGGGUGUGCUUAUGGGCAUCUUCCAUCAAGGCGGCGUUGUUCCUGCUCUUGACCAAUUGCACGGGCUACAACUUCAAGAUACCGCACAAGUCUGGUGGAGAACGUAUUCCCCGCCAACAUGGAUGUUGGCAGACAGAGAGAAUAAUUGUCAGUUCAUCACUUUAAAUGCCGACAACCAUAAGUUUUCAUUUGACGAGAGCAAGAAGAGCUACGUGGUUGACGCCAUGGGAUCUGAUUUUGGAAUCGUUGACGAGCUAAUCAAGGAAUUACGUAAGAAGGUCGUCUUGGUGACGCCGAUUGCGUCUUUCAAAUCGCAUUUUGAUGACAGCCGGUUCCGCAAAAUAUGGAGUACUCCGUUCCACUUGGAUUUGGAUCACCUUGACUGGUCUGAUCCUAAAACUUUGCAACCUGGAUUAGCAAUCUAUGAGCUAGUCUAG